AAACGAAACUUGUCAAAUGCAUCACGUGACUUUGUAUAAAUACACAAAACUUCCUGAAUUAAACAUGCGAACAAAAUAAGUUAUAGCGGAGCUUUAAAGUGAAAAUGGAACCAGACGACGUCGUAGAAAGCACUCUUCGCCUUCAAAAAUGUUUACAGACAUUUAUUUACCAUGUCGACGAACUGAGAGAGGAGGACGACCCGUCGGGAGAUGGGUUUACAAGAGAGUUCAGGGUGAUACGAGACGAAGGUAUGAAGAUGAGAGAAGAGAACACGUAUCCAGCGGAGGAAGGAAGAAGGUCAUAUAACAUUAAGAAAAACAGAUAUAAGGAUAUUUUACCCUUUGACAAGACACGCGUUGUGUUGGAUGAAAUACCUGGAGAAGAUGGGUCUGACUACAUAAAUGCCAAUUUUAUUGAGGAUCAGUAUGGUGCUAGGUGUUAUAUUGCGAGUCAAGGACCUGUACCAAAUACUGUGUAUGAUUUCUGGAGGAUGGCCAUACAGUACAAGGUCAAGGUCAUUGCCAUGGCUUGCAGGCUGGUAGAGAUGGGCAAGAGAAAAUGUGAACAGUACUGGCCAGAUGAGGUGAAUGAAACCGCAGAAUACAAAGAUGUUGUUGUCACAUUGGUAUCGCAAGAAGAUCUAGCAGACCAUUUAACAAAGCGAGUUUUGAAGGCCUCCAGACCUGGCUACAGUGCAUUGACUGUCACACAGUUCCACUAUACUGGCUGGCCUGACCAUGAUAUUCCAAAUGAUUUUGAUGUUAUACUUGAAAUGAUGGCUGAAAUGCGAGAAAUUAAAUCAAAAGAUUCAGAAAAAGCUCCAAUGGUUAUACACUGCAGUGCUGGUUGUGGAAGAACAGGAACAAUAUGUGCCAUUGACUUUUCUUGGGAUCUACUUAAAUCUGGGAAUAUGGAUGAUAAUUUCAGCUUAUGUGAUAUAGUCAAAUAUAUGCGUACACAGAGACAGUCCAUGAUACAAGCACCUGAACAAUACAUGAUGGCCCAUGUGACAGUACAGACAUUAUUCCAGAAGCAUCUAGAUCUGAUGGAGGAUCAUACCUAUGGCAACAUUGGCUUUGGUGAUGCUAAUGAAGAUGACAGUGAAAGACAUGGAGAUGGCAGUGCAUCUGAAGCAGGUAGUGAGUCCAGCAGUCUGUAUGAGGGAACAAGGAAGCGAUCUGUUAUGGCACAGGAUAUAGUAAACACUAUAAAAAAGGUCACUCAUACUCAAACACAAGAUGAGCUUUUAACUCCAACAAACCCCACAGGACCAGUUCCUGAUGGUCUGCCUGAACCUCUCACUCCUGUGCCGGCGGUGUAUAUUUCACCAGAACCAGUUGUGAGCCCAAAAAUUAACGAACUCAAAAAAACAUUCUCCAAUGAAAAUAAAACAUUUAAAGUUGAGAAAAUUGACAUGCCGAAACAAGUAAAGAAAGUGGAAGCAAGAUAUUUAGAAAAUGCUACUAAAAUUGAAAAGACAGAAAAGAAGAUGUCUUUUGUUUCGAAUGAAGCCAGACAAAAAGAGAUUGAAUCAAAGAAAGCAAUGUUUGAAAAACCAAAAAUAACUGAGAAGCCACACUUGGAACCAAUGUUUGAGAAACCAAAAAUAACUGAAAAGCCACACUUAGAAGCAAAAAUGUCAUUUGAGAAACCUAGUUCUGUGAUUCCUACACCUUUAAAAGAAAAGAACAAUAAUCAGCCUGUAAAUAUGGGUAAACCUGAAGUUAAUAAUGAAAGACAACAGUUACAAAGAGUUGAAAGUCAGCAAACUGGUAAUAAAUUUGUAACAGUUUUAUCUGUUGGUGGGACAGACAAAAGGCCACCUUUGAAUAAAACUGUUUCUUCACCUGCUACGCAGUUGAAUGCUACUCGCCAAAGUGUACCACAAAGAUCAAAAACUCUAUCAGUUAAAAAAACAAACCAGUUUGAAGAGAAACCACAGUCAAGUAUUCCUCCAGAAACACCUCCAACACAAAGAGAGAAAAGCAUGUAUUCAGUAGCAGGAAACUCACAGUUUUAUUCUGCCCUUGCAGAUUAUAGUUCUGCUCCGACUCUGCAAAGUUCCAGUCCUGAAUCAGCUACAAAUGUCACAGUGUCAAAAAAUGCCCCAAAUAAUCAAUAUUCAGCUUUGUCAAACUAUACUUCUGCAACAUCCGCUUCUUAUGACCCUUACAGCAGUGUUGAUGAAAAUCCAGGGGAUGUUACUCUAUCCAAACCCCAAGGGGAGACCACUCCAAGUAACCAAGGUACUCAGGUGUAUUCUUACGCAGAUGAACCACUUAAUACAGCUGGUGCUGUGUAUGCAGCUGUUGAUAAACCAAUGAGAUCUACAAAGAAAAUGAAUGGUGCAGUAAACGAUGCUGUCUAUGAACCUGUUACAGUUGGUUCCCCUACAGACAAGACGGCACCUGUUUUACCAGCUAGAGGUUAUAUUGAUGAUGAUGAAAACCAGAAUGUUGAUAAAUCAGUUCCAAAGGUUUUUCGGUCUGGAGGCCGAGACAUCUUUUUAAAGUUUCAAAAGCCCAUCAAGUUCACAGGAAAAGGAAUAAAUUCAUCAGCAUCAGACCAUAUUGUUCCAAGUGACAUUCCAGGAUACAAGAUCAGGUUAGGAAAGAAACCCAGUGGACCUAAAGAACAGCCAUCAUUUUGGAAAAAGAAAUGAGUGACUAGUUAUAGUUAUGACAUUCACAGUCAUGUUUGAAAAUUUGAAGUUUCAUUUCCGAGUUUCUUCUAGUACUUAGACUCAAAAAGAGAGUGUGAACUCGCAUAAAACUAGGCUCUGAGUGUAGUAGUAACAUAUCUUUAGCUGAUUUAGGUCAUUAUUUACAAUUUGAACUUAUACCCAGUAAAUUUGGACCUUUACCAAGUAACUGAGUGAAUGUGAGAAAAAAACACACCAACAAAUGUAUUUUGAAGUGCUGUUGAUAGCAGCUGGAAUUUCCGCACAAUUGGGACUAGCAAGAACUAGUUCCCAGGCUGUAGUAUAUUUCCAGUAAUAUACUUACAUUUUCAUUUCAGUUUUAGUUGGACUAGAUCUCUGGCCAUAGUACAUUUUCAUUUCCAUUUCAAAUUUAGUGGGACCUAGUUUAUGUCCAAUAUCUAUCCUUCCAUAAUUUCUCUGAUAAGAAAAAUAAGCAAAAUAUUUGUUUGACAACAUUGCCAUUGUAUUUGCUAGUCUGGUUUGAAUAUGUAAAUAACAUUAAUUAGGGGUCUUAAAAUGUAGAAAUCUGACGUGGGACUGUUAAUGCUCAUAUACUGUGGAGUGCCUGAUUUUCCAGUUAGUUUGCCAUUAUUUGAGAUCAUUAAAAUUAAUUUUGAAAUGUUUUUUUUUUUAAGAAAUAAGGUAUAGAAAAAUCAUGUUUUAAUGUUAUUCAUGUAAAAAAGUGGUUAUACAUCCAUGGAAUAAUUUCUCAAGUGAAUAAUUAUGGUGAUGUAUAAUCUCUUUUGAGUGAAAUAAUUUGAAUAAAGCACGAUUUUGCGCUACAUUAUUUCCAUUCUAAUACGCCUUUAAUCUAAUACAGUAGAUAAAAUAUAGAAACGCUCUUUCUUGAUCACAACAAAAACAUUUACAUCAUGGCCUUUUAACGCAAUGUCAUUUUAGUGCAAGCUUGCUUUAUCAGAAGCAAGUACAUUAGAACAAAUAUUAAUCUGAGUAGAGACCAAAGUCCUUGCAGUGUAUAUAUGGCUGCUGACUAUAAAAUCCGAAAAAACUUGUUGAGAUAAAAAUACAAUCUACAUUAUGGUUAUUUAGUAUUUUCUUUAUAUUGCUAUUGCAUAAAAUCCAAGACAUUCCAAACAUUUUUAGCUCACCUGUCACAUAGUGACAGGGUGAGCUUUUGUGAUCGCCCUUCGUCCGUCCGUCCACAAUUUUUUGUGAAUGCAAUAGAGACAACAUUUUGCAAUCAAUUUUAAUCAAACUUGCACACAACUUGUAUUGGCAUAGUAUCUUGGUUCCUUUUCAAAACUGGCCAGAUCCCUUUCUGGUUCCAGAGUUAUGGUGCCUUAAAAGGCCAGAAUUUGCUAUUUUUGGCUUGUGAACACAUUAAAUUAGAGACCACAUUUUACAGUCAACUUUAAUUAAACUUGCACACAACUUGCAUUGACAUAAUAUUACGGUUCCUUCGAAAACUGGCCAGAUCCCAUCAUGGGUUCCAGAGUUAUGGCCCCUUAAAGGGUCAAAAUUUGCUAUUUUUGGCUUGUGAACACAAAAGAGGCCACAUUUUGCAAUCAACUUUAAUCAAACUUGCACACAACUUGUAUUGGCGUAAUAUCUCAGUUCCUUUCGAAAACUGGCCAGAUCCCAUCAUGAGUUCCAGAGUUCUGGCCCCUUAAAGGGCCAAAAUGUGCUAUUUUUGGCUUGUGAACAUGAUAGAGAUCACAUUUUGCAAUCAUCUUUAAUCAAACUUGCACACAACUUGUAUUGGCAUAAUAUCUGAUGGCCUCUUAAAGGGCCAAAAUUUGCUAUUUUGGCUGCAGCCAUAUAAAGACUUCAUUAUACACACUUGCAAAAUAUCUUCAACAAAAAUAAAUCUUGGAUUCCAUGUUGAAUCUGUCAGAUCCAAUCAUAGAUUCUGGAGUUACGGCCCCUGAUUGACCCCUGUAAGUGCCAAAAUUUGUUAAUUUGUACCUUGUGAACACAAUAGAAGUGACAUUUUAUAUUUGAUUUAACUACACUUACACACAACUUAAGUCACAAUAAGAUCUCGGUUCCUUUCGAAAACCGGCUAGAUUCCAUGAUGUGUUCUAGAGUAACUGCCCCAGAAAGAGCCAAAAUUUUAUAUUUUGGCUCUUUCAGCCAUAUAGACGUUUCAUUUAUGCUUUGAUUUGAUACAAACUUGCACAGAGUAAUUAUCUUGAUGAUUUCUAGGCCUGGAUGGAAACUGGGUCAUGUUGGGUCAAAAACUAGGUUAUCAGGUCAAAUCAAAGGAAAAGCUUGUUAACAAGCUAGAGGCGGCAUUUAUGACCCUAUCUUCAUUGGUCAGAAUGUUUAUCUUGAUGAUUUCUAGGCCAAGUUGGACCGGGUCAUGGGGUCAAAAACUAGGUCACAUGGUCAAAUUAAAAAAAAAAGCUUGUUAACACUCAUGAGGCCACAUUUAUGACCCUAUCUUCAUGAAACUUGGUAAGAAUGUUUAUCUUGAUGAUUCCUAGGCCAUUCCUGGGUUAUACGGGGUCAGAAACUAGGCCACCUGGUCAAAUCAAAGGAAAAGUUUGUUUACACUUUUGAUCAUUUGAUGUGCAUGAAACUUUGCCAGAAUGUUUGUCUGCAUGAAAUAUGUAUGAAUUUUUAUCUAGGUCAUGUGGGAUCAAAAACUAGGUCACCAGGUCAGAUCAAAGAAUAAGCUUGUUUACAACCUAGGGGCACAUUUUUGAAUCUAUCUUCAUAAAACUUGGUCAGAAUGUUUGUUUUCAUGACGUCUUGAAUGAUUUCAAAUCUGGGUCAUGUGGGGUCAAAAACUAGGUCACUAGGUCAAAUCAAAGGAAAAGCUUGUAUACACUCUAGAGGCCACUUUUUUGCUCCAAUCUUCCCGAAAAUUUGUCAGAAUAGAUGUUUUCGUGCAUUUGGACAAGUUUGAAUCUGGGUCAUGUGGGGUAAAAACUAGGUCACCAAGUCAAGUAAAAGUAAAUGCUUGUUUACACUCAGGAGGCCACAUUUUUUGGUCCAAUCUAAAUGAAAAUUUGUCAGAAUAUUUGUCUCCAUGAAAUCACUAGGUAAAAUAUGUUUACGUGUUUUGAUGUGUUACUCAGGUGAGCAACCUAGGGCCAUCUUGGCUCUCUUGUUCAAACCCCUGUUUUCUUUGUAUAAUUUAUUUUUUGAUAGACUUUGAUAUAGUUUUAAAUUUAGUUGUACUGUAAAAUUAUUAUUAAAACUGUUAACAUUUACAAAAAUUUUUGUAUCAAGUCCUGUUUUGUGUAGAAGUUGUUUGUUUAUAUGUGUUUGUUAACAUAGCCAGUUUUUAGCUCACCUGUCACGAAGUGACAAGGUGAGCUUUUGUGAUCACGCAGAGUCCGGCGUCCGUCCGUCCGUGCGUAAACUUUUCCUUGUGACAUCUCUAGAGGUCACAGUUUUCAUGGGAUCUUUAUGAAAAUGGGUCAGAAUGUUCAUCUUGGUAAAUUCUAGGUCAGGUUCGAAACUGGGUCACGUGCCUUCAAAAACUAGGUCAGUAGGUCUAAAAAUAAAAAAACCUUGUGACCUCUCUAGAGGCCAUAUAUUUCACAAGAUCUUCAUGAAAAUUGGUCAGAAUAUUCAAUUUGAUGAUAUCUAGAUCAAGUUCGAAACUGGGUCACGUGCCAUCAAAAACUAGGUCAGUAGGUCUAAAAAUAGAAAAACCUUGUCACCUCUCUAGAGGCCAUAUAUUUCACAAGAUCUUCAUGAAAAUUGGUCAGAACGUUCACCUUGAUGAUAUCUAGGCCAAGUUCGAAAGUGGGUAACGUGCCUUCAAAAACUAGGUCAGUAGGUCAAAUAAUAGAAAACCCUUGUUACCUCUCUAAAGGCCAUAUUUUUCAUGGGAUCUUUAUGAAAGUUGGUCUGAAUGUUCAUCUUGAUGAUAUCUAGGUCAGCUUCGAAACUGGGUCACGUGCAUUCAAAAACUAGAUCAGUAGGUCUAAAAAUAGAAAAACCUUGUGACCUCUCUAGAGGUCAUAUAUUUCAUGAGAUCUUCAUGAAAAUUGGUCAGAAUGUUCACCUUGAUGAUAUCUAGGUCAAGUUUGAAACUGGGUGACGUGCCGUCAAAAACUAGGUCAGUAGGUCAAAUAAUAGAAAAACCUUGCGACCUCUCUAGAGGCCAUACUUGUGAAUGGAUCUCCAUAAAAAUUGGUCAGAAUGUUCACCUUGAUGAUAUCUAGGUCAUCUUUGAAACUGGGUCAUGUGCCAUAAAAAGCUAGGUCAGUAGGUCAAAUAAUAAAAAAAACCUUGUGACCUCUCUAGAGGCCAUACUUUUCAUGGGAUCUGUAUGAAAUUUGGUCUGAAUGUUCAUCUUGAUGAUAUCUAGGUCAAGUUUGAAACUGGGUCAACUGCGAUCAAAAACUAGGUCAGUAGGUCUAAAAUUAUUAAAAUCUUUUGACCUCUCUAGAGGCCAUAUUUUUCAACAGAUCUUCAUGAAAAUUGAUCUGAAUAUUCACCUUGAUGAUAUCUAGGUCAGUUUCGAAACUGGGUCACGUGCGGUCAAAAACUAGGCCAGUAGAUAUAAAAAUAGAAAAACCUUGUGACCUCUCUAGAGGCCAUAUUUUUCAUGAGAUCUUCAUGAAAAUUAGUGAGAAUGUUCACCUUGAUGAUAUCUAGGUAAAGUUCAAAACAGGAUCACAUACCUUUGAAAACUAGGUCAAUAGGUCAAAUAAUAGAAAAACCUUGUGACCUCUCUAGAGACCAAAUUUUUCAAUGGAUCUUCAUGAAAAUUGGUCAGAAUUUUCAUCUUGAUAAUAUCUAGGUCAAGUUCAAAACUGGGUCACAUGAGCUCAAAAACUAGGUCACUAUGUCAAAUAAUAGAAAAAACGAUGUCAUACUCAAAACUGGGUCAUGUGGGAAGAGGUGAGUGAUUCAGGACCAUCAUGGUCCUCUUGUUCUGGAUUUUACACCUGUAAUGAAGUGUUUUAUUUCAGUAAAUGACAACUUCCCCUCUUUACUCCAAAGAGGAGGAAUGAUGCAUUAUCUUCUGUCAAAAUAUCAAGGCUAACAUAUGCCGCGUCUGGGAUACUGUGGUCUGGAGAUACUUCGACAGUACAGCUCACAAUGUUCAAACAUUUCAUACAAGCUACCAAGCAAGGGGACUUCCUGUCUGUGAUAGUUUGACAUUGACCAAGAGGAAAAAUCCCAAUUUAAUUGACAAGGCAGGCUUAUGCUUAUUAGCUUGACUUUUAGCUAUUGUACUCACCCUGGCAUGGUUAAGGUUUUACAUGCAAGCACAUAUAGCUAUCAUUUAAAGAUAUAUAGCUUUGAAACUUUUUUUUCUAGAUCAAUUGCCAACCUCAGUGGGUCAGGUCCCAUAAUUCUGACAUGUAUUUUGCCCAAAUUGUGCCCCCUUUUGGACUUAAAAAGUCCUGGUUUAAGCUUUGCAUGUAAGUUACUGUUUCCAAAAUUAAUGCAGAUGUUGAUUUGAAACUUAGUAUGUGUCUUCAGGGUGAUAAAGAUAGAUUUCCCGGAAGCACAGAGCACCCCAAACACAGCCAAAGAACCAUGCAUCACAAAGUAGGCCAGGUGAUAGCUAGGUCAAUUACCAACCUCACUGGGUCAAGUCCCGUAACUCUGACAUGUAUUUUGGCCAAAUUAUUAAUUCCCCCUUUCAAACUUAGAAAAUCCUAGUUAAAGUUUUGCAUGCAAGUUACUAUCUCAAAAACUGAUGCAAAUAUUGAAUUAAAACUUCACACAUUUCUUCAGGUUUAUAAAUCAUAAGGUCAUAGCAUCAAAUCCCAUAACUCGGACAUGUAUUUUGCAAAAUUGUGUCCCCUUUUGAACUUAAAAACUUCUGGUUAAAGUUUAGCAUGCAAGUUAUUAACUCCAAAACUAAUGCAGAUACUGAAUUGAAACUCUAUAGAUAAUUUAACAUUUAGGGUAUUAUUCCUGCUUCUGGGACAAUUCGAAUAGUCUUGCAUUGGCUAUCUUAUGGACAGCUCUUAUUAUAUAUAUAUUUUUUGUAUAUUUGUUCGUUUUGAGUAAGUCUGGAAUAUAUCUUGCCGAGAAGAGAGAAUUUUUUUAGCUUGACUAUAUGAAGUAUAUGGGGAGCUAUCAUACUCGACCCAGCGUCUAAGUCCUUUGACUUCACACCUUGGUUAAAGUUUUGAGGCACUUCCUCUUCUUUCUCUUUAUCUCUGUAAUAACAUGAUGGAUUUGCUUCAAACAUAAAACAGUUUUUCCUCGUCAUCACCCACAUCAUCUGGUACAAGGGCAAUAACUCUCCCACCAAUAUUUUAUUAAUUAUCCCCCCUUUUAAUUUACUAAUUUCAGGUUAAAAUUUUGGUGCACUUCCACUCUGUCUCAGUUAUUACUAAAUGAAUUUUAUCCAAACUUAUAACAGUUGUUACACAUCAUAUGACAAAAGGUCCAUAACUGGCAUCAAGUUUUCAUGAAUAAUGCCCCCUUUUAACUUAGAAUUGUAGCUUAAAUUUGAUGCAUUUUCACCAUAUUAAACAAGGGGUUUGAUUCAAAUUGAAAAUAGUUAUACCACAAUCAUUACCCACAUCAUAUGACAAAAGGGCCAUAACUCUGGCACCAGUAUUUUAAGAAUUAUGCCCACUUUUUACUUAGAAUUUCAAGUAAAUGUUGUGAACUUUCUCUUUAUCUUUGUUAUUACUUAAUGAAUUUGAUUCAGACUUGAAAUAGUUCUUCCACAUCGUCAUCCUCAUCAUAUGACACAAGGUCCAUAACUCUUACACAAAUAUUUAGUGACUUAUGUCCCCUUUUUACUUAAAAAUUCAGUUUAUUUCUGUUGUUACUAAAUGGAUUUUAUUCAAACUUAACAGUUGUUCAGCAUGGUCACCCACAUCAUAUGACACAGUGUUUGUGAUCCAGGCACCAAAAUGCUAUGAGUUAUGCCCCCUUUUUAUUAGAAUUUCAGGUUCAAGUUGUGUUGCACUGCUCUAUCGCACUUUUUUGAUUCAGACUUCAAAUAGUUGUUCCUCAUUAUUAGCCGCAUGAUAUGACAAAUGGUUCGUCAUUUUUUUUUGCAGAAUUUUUUGCAUGAAUUAUGUCCCUUUGAUACGUAUUUAAUGUUUUAAUACAGUUCCCUAUCUUUGUUAAUACUUAAUACAAAGCUAUUGUCCAAUAUUUUCAUUCACAUGGGAGUACUUACACACCAGUGACAGCUUCAGUUUCCUCAGAUAUGCCCAGUUUCAUGUUCACUGUCCAGCAUCGAAAUAGUCGAGUACGCUGUCACCUGUGACAGCUCUUGUUUCGAUUUAAGAGUUAUGAAACUCUCAUUCAGUAAAGUUCUUUGAAUCGAGAAAUACAAUGUAAAGAAAAAAAUAACAGUAUUACACUUUUCAUCUCAUUUUACAUGAAAAAUUAGAAAUCGAUACAUAAUUGGCAAAGCUUUAUCUCUCACAGUGAGUGAUCCAGAGUGAGUAAUACACUUUGAGUAAUAUUGAUUAAACCUCACUGAUCAAUUACAGUAUUUCAUAAAAUAGCAUAAAAUGAAAUUAAUACUUAUAGUUGAAUUUUAUGAAGUCUAUGUAGAUUCUACAGUGUUAAAUAUUGUAUUGAGGUAGAUAAUAUUAUACAUGUAUUUGAUGUUGGAUCACCUUUUCUGAUCAGAAAGUUUGGCUGAAAUUAUUUGUGUUUCUUGUGUCAGUUCAUACUUUAUAAAGUUGACAUUUUCCUUGUUAAAUAGUUUAAAUAUCUCGUUAUGUUUUCCAUUUAUCUAGCUAUCAGUGUGUGAAUAUGCUUACAAAAUACAAUGUAAGUUUGUUAUAAGAAUAUAUUUUUAUACUACAUUUAUAUUGUAUACACAUGGUUCAGUGAUGUAGCAUACAUUACUUUAUACUCAUUGUGAUAAAAAAUAUUUGAGAAAGUU